GAACCGCAAAGGGAAGCUGAAACAUUAAGAUCUGUCCCUCACUCUCCACUAUGAAGACCUCCAAACCAGCUCUGCGGACCUCUGCUCAAGAGGAAUGUGGAGUUUGGCUGGAUACUGUGCAACUGAAAGGAAAAGCCAAACAGAAACGGUACGCUCCUCCCAUUUCUAAACUGCUGAAUCCCUUCGCUGGAGGCGGAGGAUACAGUUUGGCUGUGGCACUCAAUUUCACCCAGACCAAAAUGGAGAUGCCAAAGACCAAACAGAGCUCUAUAUCAACCUUUUUCACACCUCAGGGCAGAGUUCUCAAUAAGAUGUCUACUUCUGAAGUGCCAAACAUGGAUCCAGUGCAGCCUUCUUCAUCAUCAUCUACCUCGGCCACACACGCCUUAACUGCACCCUCGCCUGUAGUAUCGGGGACAAAACGAAGACUUGAAAUGUUUGACUUGUAUAACUCUGAGCCUGGAGUGAAUCAUGAGUGGGAAAGGGAAAAUGUGACUGAGCCUGAAGCAGCACUGUGGGAGCAGGCAGCAGAAGAGCAAUAUGAGGAGCUAAAUCCACCACGGAGGAAGAGGAGGUUCAUUGCAGCCUCCUCAUUGCCAGGUGACAGUCAGCCAGUUCCACAGGCGUGGAGUCAGGACCCACUGUUUACCUUCAGCCAAUAUUCUGACGGUGCGAAGGACGUUAGCGACUCUGAGCCAACCUUCCUGGACAGUCUACGAAGUGAGGACGCCUUUGGUAUUCAGAUUAAUGUGGAAGGUGGAACCUCGACUCAAAAAUCCUUCAAACAUUUUCCUUCUUCUCAAGAGAAAGAAAACAGCAAGUUUUUGUCCUUUAAGUCACCAAGAAAGCACUCAACUCUCUCUCACGUUGAACCUCUUUCAGAUCGUAAAUGUACAGAGCCAAAAACCAGAUCACCUCGAAAACAUGUUCCCUUGUGCAUGUUGAAAAGCGCCGAUGAAGAGGAGAGCCUUGAGUCACAGUUCAAGUGGACCAAACCGAGCUGCUCUCCUCUCAAGAAAACGGCAGCGAAGCUGUGCUGCAGAGAGGUCGAUGAGGACAGUCUGGCCAUGUUGUUCACACAGGACUCUGAAGGCUUCCGGGUGAUAGCGCACAGAGGUCUGCAAGCUAGGAGUCCACUCAAAGACAAGAGCAACAUAAGCUCUGUGAUGGUGCGAACGGGUGCUUAUAAAUCUCUUGUGGACCAAGAUGAGGAAGACGAGAUGCUCUUUACUCAAGACUCUCAGGGGAAUAUGGUCAUCAAACACUGAAAGGAGACUUUGAAACUCUUGUGUUGAUAUACUCGUCUCAUCCGUGCAGCCAGAGUUUGAAAUCAGUUAUAAACUGAAAUUUCUUGUUUGAUUUUUUUUAACUACUUUCAAACUGAAAAUAUUGUAAUUAUUUCUGUGACUGUCUUACCUACCUUUCUUCAUCUCUAAAUCUUUUAUAUUUUCCUGGAUGUUGAAGUCUUUCUCUGUUUUCCAUUUAAGACUUUGCUAUUUUUUGUUUUGGUCUCUUUGAUGCUGAUGUCUUGCCAGGUGCAGCUCUCUUUUGCAAAAAAACUCUAACAAACAAGAACAGAAGGUUUUGAUUUUAUUUGAAAAAUGAUACAC